AUGCCAGUGUUCAAAAAGCCGAGACCUAUACCGUAUGCCUUGCGCGACAAAAUUGAGCAGGAAAUUAAUCGUCUGGAAAAGGCAGAAAUUCUAGAGCCAGUUAAAUCGAGUCAGUGGGCAACGCCAUUGGUCCCGGUGCUUAAGGCUAACGGCGAGAUUCGCUUGUGUGGUGACUUUAAAGUAACCGUUAACCCGUGUUUGGAAAUUCAUCGACACCCCAUACCUCGAUUAAGUGACUUGAGCACUAAGCUGGCUGGGGGAAAAAUUUUUAGUAAACUUGAUAUGAAUCAAGCAUAUCAACAAGUGUUAGUCGAUAAUGAAUCCAAACAGUUGCUUGUUUUGUCAACACAUGAGGGUCUUUACGCCUGUAACCGGUUAAUGUACGGAGUUGCAUCUGCUCCUGGUUUAUUAUAG